AUGUUUUUAACAACAGUAUUACUCCGAAAGAGAAUUCCUGGAAGACAGUGGGUUGGAAAGUACAGGCGACCAAGAGCAGUUACCAUUCUGAUGAAGCAAGCAAUGAUCCGAAGGUUGGAGAUUGAAGCAGAGAAUGAAUAUUGGCUGAGUCGGCCUUACCUGACGCGGGAACAGGAGUAUAAACAUAACACAGAAGAGAGACGUGCGAGAUGGGAAGCUGUGAGAAGUCUGAUGAAAGCCAAGUUUCCUGAGCAUAGAUACAUCAGCGAUCAUUUAAACCACUUAAAUGUGACAAAAAAGUGGACAGUUUGA